GGUCGACCUGUUCCUUUCGAAUUCGUCGUCUUCCGGUUAUAGCAUCGUUCGCGAGCAAUAAGUGAAUUUCGAAUAAAAGAAACAACGCGUCGACCAUCGUUGAGCAUGAUAUAGUGGAACGUUAGAAUUUGAAAUUGUCGGCGAUAUUGCCGUCUACGUUUUCUGUGCUAAUGACAAAUGGAAACGGUAGCAACACUUUUAGUGAUAAAGUGGACGGAGGCGACGAACGCGCAUUCGAAAUAAAUUGCGGUCAGGAAAUGUGAAACGAGAAAGGAUGCACUAGAAGAAAAUCAACUGGUGAGCGACGAGGAAACACGAAAACCAUGACCGGAUUGAAUAUCAAGAAACUACUGAAAAACAGAGUUCCUAUUCUGAAAUGGCUACCCUUGUAUAAAGCAAGCGACGCGUUGGGCGACCUAGUUGCUGGCCUGACAGUGGGCCUGACCUUAAUACCGCAGGCAAUCGCGUACGCUGGAUUGGCAGGGCUAACGCCACAGUACGGUCUUUACAGCGCGUUCGCCGGUAGCUUCGUGUACAUCAUUUUUGGUACCUGUCGUGAAGUCAAUAUUGGUCCAACCGCAUUGAUCUCUUUGUUGACGUACACGUACGCGAGAGGCAUUCCAGAGUACGCGAUUCUCCUGUGCUUUUUGUCAGGAUGUGUUACGGUCGUUCUCGGAAUCCUCCGGCUAGGCUUCCUGGUCGAGCUCGUUUCCAUACCUGUUGUCAGCGGGUUCACUUCAGCGGCCAGUGUCAUUAUCGCCUGCAGUCAAAUCAAAAAUUUGCUCGGUUUAAAAAUACACGGAGAAAGUUUCGUGGACCUUUGGAAGUUGUUGGCCAACAACGUGGGUCAGACCAGAAUACCUGACCUGAUCUUAUCCUGUUGUUGCAUUCUAAUUCUAUUGACCUUGAAGAAAGUGAAAGACCUGAAGGUCUCCAAUGAAAUUUUAAGAAAAUCAAUCUGGUUCCUAGGAACUGGUAGAAACGCUUUGGUCGUGAUCGUGUGCGCAGUAGUGUCGUACGUCUACGAGAUCUAUGGUGGAGCUCCGUUUGUCCUUACAGGACAUAUCGACGCGGGACUACCUUCCGUCGCGCCUCCGUCCUUUUCCAGAACUGUUGGUAACGGGACCGAGACUUUCCUCGACAUGUGCAAAAAUUUAGGCACUGGUAUCGUGAUCGUCCCUUUGAUCUCGAUCAUUGGAAAUGUGGCAAUCGCGAAAGCGUUCUCACGAGGACAGUCUCUGGACGCUACCCAAGAAAUGUUGACCCUUGGUUUAUGCAACAUCGCCGGUUCCUUUUUCCAAUCGAUGCCGGUUACCGGUUCUUUCUCUAGAAGCGCCGUAAAUAAUGCUUCGGGUGUAAGAACACCAUUCGGCGGCAUAUACACGGGUGUUCUAGUCAUUCUAGCUCUAAGUUUACUCACCCCGUACUUCUACUAUAUUCCAAAAGCCACCCUGAGUUCCGUAAUUGUUUGCGCGGUAAUAUUCAUGAUCGAGGUGCAAAUAAUUCGACCGAUUUGGAAAUGCAGUAAACGAGAUUUAAUACCGACUCUAGCAACGUUCCUCGCAUGCUUGUUCGCCGGUGUCGAGUUUGGGAUUUUAAUAGGGGUACUGAUUGAUCUGGCAAUAUUAAUUUAUUUCAACGCCAGGCCGACAAUAUAUAUCGAAUACAGAAAUACGCCUACGUUAAGUUACAUCCUCGUGCAGCCCAGUGCCGGUUUGCUUUUCCCAGCUGUGGAGUAUCUGAGGAUAUACUUGCUCGAGAACUUGGCUACCAACCAGCAUAAAUUACUGAGAACCUUCAAGAACUCGAACGUGGUCGUGUUAGAUUGCAAACACAUCGACAAAAUUGAUUUCACUGCGGCGCACGGAUUGAACAUGGUGAUGAGAGACUUCAAAGAGAAGAAUCAUAACUUGAUAAUGUUACGACCCUCCAAAGAAAUUUUACGAAGCAUUCAAUCGCUUUCCGAGGAACCUAUCAGAGUAGUCAAUACCGACGCCGAAAUGAUGGCUGCUUUGAAAGAAUGGAACACGAUCAAACGAACGCGAGAAAUCGGCGCAGAACUACUAGAUAUGUCCAAUGGAAAAACUGUCAUUGCUACCAAGAACGAACACACGAGUACGAAACUUUAAAAUCAUCGCGAAAUGUUAAUAAGUACAUAUUGGAAUUAGGAAAAGAAGACUACUGAAAAUUUCUGCCGGUUUAUCCCUAGCAGUUUUCCUCUUUAAUAGUAUAAUGAAAUUCGAGUUAUAAGACUAUCAACGAUAUCGUAUAAAAUCGUAAUGACUAUUAACGUGUAUUUAUGAUAUUUCAAUUAUAUGAUAAUUCGUACGUUUUUGUAACUUUUUAUAAAGAUAUAUGAAUCGAUCAGCAAUGACGUAGUUCAUAAGAAAUUACUUGCUUUUUCUAUUUCAAAAAGACUAUUGACACGUGCAUUUUUUAAUAGAGAUGAAAGAAUAAUACUGUGGUUAUAAAUGCAUAUCAGAAUAUGUUGAGGGAUUAUAGUAUAAUGUAUAUAUAUAUAUAACAUCUAUCAAGUACGGCAAGUUUACGUUUUAUUUUGUAAAAACUUGUAAGUCCUCGAAAAAUAAACUAUAUGAUAUUUCUUAACAAUAUAAGUAAUAUUUAAACAAAAAUAAAUCGCUCGGAUAUAUAUGUUAUAUAAAAAUCCUUUGCCUCAAAAUCAAAUUGAAACGAAGAAAUAAAUCGAAAAAAUAAAAAUGCGAAUGAAAUAAUCUGGACAACGUUGUCAUAAAAAUCAAAUUGUUCGAUACUAUUACCGUAUUAGAUCGCAUAGAACUAAUAUUAAUUAUAAGAUACUUAAACAUAACACGCAACGUUCUUUUUUUAAGAAACAAAGAAAAAGGAAAAGGAGAACGAGCGGAAAAUUUUCGUAACGCGAACUAAAUACUAAGUGGUCGUAAUACUUUCGAUCAUAGGAACUUAAAAAAGUGUUCUCCCGAGAAUUUUGCACUGAAAUACUGUGCGUUGCCGUUUCGCGCUUUUUACGCCCCGAAACAAGCGCUCGGAUUAUUCGUUAUUUAAAAAGUACAUAGAAUCCAAGUAACGAGUAACAUCGAUCUCUAUAGCAAUGUGGAUAUAAAUAU